CUCCGCAGGAAAAGUUCCGCCCACUUCGCUUUAUCAACACAUUUAUCAAUCGAUAAUUGCGCGAUUGAUCAGCCCCGUCUUCGCGUUUAACCCGUUCUGGAGUGAGCAAGUGAAAUUACCGGUGGUUUUUCGUUUUGUGGAAAGAUCGACGCGGAUCUCACUUUAAGAUCCCACAUCACACCAUAGACUUAGCCUCAGGGAUGACUUCUUGUAAACAGUAAGAACGUGCAUUAAUCCCUCCACACAAACAUCCACCGUCACCCCGGGCCGUCACCAUGAGCUCGUCAAAUCGUCAGAGAAAGGAGGUGGCAAGGAGAUUGAAAGCCAAGGUCAAGGACUACUGCUCCGUAGAAAAAUGGAAGGAGCGCUUCCCCAUUUCUAUGUGGUUGCCACGUUACCGUCCAUACAAAGGAGUCAAUGAUGUGAUUGCUGGAUUGACAGUGGGUCUAACUGUGCUACCUCAAGGACUUGCGUAUGCUGGCAUUGCAAAACUUCCGUCAGAGUAUGGACUCUAUGCAGCCAUCAUGGGUGGUUUUAUGUAUGCUCUCUUUGGCAUGUCCAAAGAUAUCUCUGUUGGUCCCACAGCCAUCAUGUCCCUCCUUGUGGCUCAGUAUGGAACACCCCUACCAGGAGACGAUGGAUUGAACGAUCCAACCUAUGCCAUACUGUUGGCAUUCUUCUGUGGAAUAGUCCAACUUGUAUUUGGGGUCCUUCAUUUAGGUUUUAUUGCCAACUAUAUAUCUGCGGUGGUAAUAUCAGGCUUUACCUCUGCAUCAGCUAUUACCAUAGCAAUGAGUCAGGUCAAAACAAUUCUAGGUGUGAAAUUCCCGUCAGAGACUUUUAUUCAUGACCUCAUCGAGACAUUCAAGCAUAUAAAGGAAACAAGGUGGCAAGACCUUACGCUUGGAUUGAGCUGUAUUGUUGCACUUGCUUUAAUGAGAUUCAUGAAGAAUAAGGCACAGAAAAGAAUAGAAAAGCUGGGGAAAAAGCCACCAAUAAGAAAAAAGAUACUCUGGAAAUUCAUCUGGAUUUUUGGAACUGCUCGUAACGCUGUCAUCGUCAUCAUAGCAGCAGCUAUAACAUAUGGUCUCCAUGAGAGUGGCAAUGACGACGUUUUUACCAUUGUUGGUAAUGUCACAGAUGGCCUCCCUCCCCUGGCUGUACCAAACUUUGGAGCAGAUAACAUUAUCAAAAACUUGAAUAUAGGUCUAAUAAUCAUUCCUAUGCUUGGCUUCCUGGAAAAUAUAGCUAUUGUCAAAGGGUUUGCCCGUAAAAAUGGCUACCGUGUAGACACAAACCAAGAGCUUAUAGCGAUAGGUGCUUGUAAUAUUGGUUCAUCGUUUAUAUCGGGGUAUCCUAUAACAGGCAGCUUUUCAAGGUCAGCGAUUAACGAGCAGAGUGGGGUAAUGACCCAGGCUUCUGGCAUCAUUACAGGGACACUGGUCAUCAUCUCUCUUGCUUUCCUUUCACCAGUAUUCUUCUAUAUUCCUAAGGCUUCAUUAGCAGCUGUGAUUAUCUAUGCAGUCAUCUUUAUGAUAGAUUACCACAUUGUUGUCAAGCUGUGGAGGAUCAGGAAACCUGACCUUAUCACCCUAGCCAUGACCUUUUUUGUUUCAUUGUGGCUGGGAGUUGAGUAUGGCACCAUUAUCGGUAUCUUAGUAGAUCUCCUUAUGCUGCUAUAUCCCUAUGGCAAACCUGGCUUCACUUCUGAUGAAGAGGAGGAUCGGAGUGUUGUUAUUAUCCAUAUGGAGCAAGGUCUCAGGUUUCCUGCAGUAGGUGAGCUUCAGAACCUCCUUGACGACAAAGCUCUCAUCCAGGAGAAGCCGCCUGCAGCCAUCUUAGAUUUCUCUAAUGUUUCCUCCAUGGAUUACUCGGUUGUUGAGGGUCUGAAAGACAUUGUCAGAUCAUUUUCAAAGAGGAAAAGCAGACUGGCACUUGCUGGUGUGAGGCCCAAGAUGAAAAGCAUGAUUGACAGUGCAGACAUCAAGGAGGUAGUCAUCUACGAUACCAUAGAUGAUGCCCUUGAAGGAAUGGAUGACGCCCUGGAGAGGAUGGUUGUCGAUGACGAUAACCAGAACCAUCAGGGUGUGCAGCUUUCAAACUUGAAUCCUGGUUCAACUGAAAGAGCAAAUAAUGUCAUUGAAGUGGACAUAGAGGAGGAGGAGGAGAUCGAUACUACAAACAAGGACCAGGUGGAUGCGAUUCUGAAGGGAAAAAGCAAACAAGAUGGAAGCCUGGAAAAUAAGACUAUUCAAGAGAGCCAACAGGACAGUCAUCAGGAUAAAAGCAAUCCAGAUGAUAGUAUCCAAGAAGUGAAUGUCCAAGUAUCUGAGCUAUGAUCUCAGUGGCUCCUUGGGAUGAAGCCUAACUAUUGGAAUUGCAAAGUUCAAAGACCAGGGGCCUGUAACACAUAGGUUAGCAAUGAUCGUAGAACAUUUUCCUACAGUUGAUUCCAUUGAUUACAAUGUACAAUCAAUCAUGAAAAUCAAGCGUACGAUUAAUCGCUAACCUUUGUGUUACAGGGCCCAGGGCGGUGUGACACAAGACAAAAGCCCGUAUUCUGAAGUCAGGUUUAAUUUAAACUCUGGUUUAAAGUUGUGGUUUAACUGUGGGAAGCCAGUUGUGACAUAAUUCUGUAACAGUAGGGGUUGAAUGUAUCAGCUCAUUUCAGUCUCAAAUAAUUCUUAAUUGUCUGGGAAGGAUGAAUAAGAUAGUUGUCUUCACCAUAACAAAAUUAGGAAAGAGCACAGUGAACAUUAGAAGCAUUCAAUGAAAAUAUAAUUUUGACAUAUUUGGCUUCCCAUAAUUUUAGCACAGAGUUAGACCAUGGUCUAAUAAAUUACAGGGCCUUGGCAUUUAAUCUAAGUCUUGUUUUUGCGCUUAAUUACAUUGAUUAUUGUGUGCAAUCAAGCAUACAAUUCCACUGAACGAUCAAUCCCUAAGGUGUGUAAGAGCUAGGCAACAUGUAUAUGUGAGAUUUAAGGCAGGAACUGAUAGCUUGACAUGAGAUCACCAGGCCUGAAACACCAAUUUUAGCUAUUUGUUGUACACUUGAUUUGUGUGCUUGUUGCAUGUAAUGAAACAUAAAAAUCAGGUCUAAGAUAAAAUGCUAUAUUUUGUGUUACCGGGCCCAGGUGUUGUGUAUAUUGUCAAAUGUAUACGCUUUGAUCAGUGUUCUGGCUAGACCCAUUUUAAUGGUGGUCACUAUUUCAUGUCUUUACAAAGUUUUUCAGGCCGAGUUAGUGGUUAUAUUAAGCCGAAAGUGAAGGAACGUCAAUGUAAACACAAUCUGACAUUAGCAAAUUUUUCAAAAUAAACUAAUAUUGAUCAAAUAUGAGAAUGUUUAAUGUAAAUUAUGCAUUUAAAGCAAGAUUAAAGACAGAAAUGUAUGCAAGAGCAAUUCCUCUUUUUCAAGGAGUUAGUUUGAAACACUUUUUAUUUGCAAUUAGUGGUGGACGGAAGCAGUGUAUUUCAUGAUGAGUGGUGGUCUGAAAUCUUCUGUACCUGUGUGCCCGACCGACCGCUGUUGUCCACUGUAGCUAUAACACUGGAUGUGAUGAAGAUAUCAAGCAUGAGUCCCUGAUGCAGGAAUCUCAUACCAUAUAUGCAUUAGAGUUGGCAUGUGAAACAUAUGAACAGUGCAUGGGCUAUUGUGCACUAUACUGAAUAUGUGCAUGACAAAAACUAUUCAUUCCACUUGUUUUUUCUUUAUAAAAACAUGUCUUACCAAGUAUUCUUAUAGAAUUUGAUUUUGUUUAAUAUAUGAUGAAAGAGCACAGAUUGUUAAAUACCUUGCCAAAGGGCAUAGGUGCUAUGACGGGGGAUCAAACCCCAUACUUUCAUGUGUAUAGGCGGUCCCCUCAGACCACUUGCCCAUGGCAUCACCAUGUUGUUUUUGUUUUGCCAGUGUUUAUGUGCACUUUGGAAGGAAAGGAGCCCUCUACUGUUUGACAUUAUGUAGCUGAUAAAUAUAGAUUGAAGACCUGAUUUUGAAUAUGCUGCCUGAGUACUUAUUAUUGCAGAUAGAGCUGAGAUCCUAACUUUUGGUUAGUUUUUAUCUAUAGUUUGAAAGAUAUGGUUAAUUAUUGCUAUACGGUGUAUCAAUUUAUGUUUACAUGUAUUCAUGUACUAAAUGAUUCAGGUACUUUUCCUUUUGGUCUGUUUUUGUUUUGAUAAUACAUUUUCUUUUGUACCUUGUUUUAUAUUGAUAAAUCUAUUUCACAAUAGAUGAACAGAAUUUAUGUAUUGAUUGUGUGUUUUCUUUUUAGGAGGAUAUGUCCACUAGAAGCAUAAUCAUUGUAAAAAAAUAUUUUUAUUUUUCAUAUAUGUAUAAGACAUUUUAAAAGAAAUUUUUUAUAUUUAUCAUUGGCUCUGCAUAUGAUAAGUCUGUGCAAUUCUUUAAUGUAUAAUGUAACUUCAAAUAUAGUGUGUGACUUGGACUUGUACCAAAUAAUGAAGAACAUUUUAAAUGAAAUGA